AUGAAAAUUCGCUCUAUUGUCGAUAUAAUAUGCGGCUGCCUAACGAACUACAGCCCUGCAAGAGAGGAUAUCUAUCAGUACGUUGAAGGAGUACUCCAAAACUACACCGUGUACAUUCCUCAAACUGAUGAUGAAACAGGCAGUGUGAGGAUCGACUGCUCUGCUGUGGGCGUCUCUACCUCUGCUCCACUGAAGAAUAUGACUGACCAAAUGACUAUACAGCAGCGACAAUUCAUUAGUGAUGUGUGUUGCGGGGUUGCUAGCAACAGGCCUGUUCUUAAAAGCUGUACUGACCUACUUUACGCGCAAAAUCCCCAGCUCCUUCCAUCUGCUAAGAACCUCUAUUAUGUAUUGUUUUACUAUACCAUUUUUGAGCUUUUGCGCCAACCGUUUUCCAAGCUACGAGCCAUCCUGGUGUCUCAGCAAGCCUCUGUUAUUCUGCCAUUUUUGCGACUGGUUUGGGGCGACGCCUCACCUUCCAAAAUAACUAAGGGAUCGGUAGAUAUCGCGGAAAAGGGCUCUGGUGACGAAAGUAGCUCGGAAAACGAUAGGUACAAAGCUACCGAGGAUUCAUUAAUGCAACAGGCAAUACAGCCCGUAGUUCAAGACGCGCGGCUAUCUAUUCAUCUAAGACGUAUCUUAGAGUCACACUUUGAUGAGACAUAUGUUCGUGGACCUUUGACACAUGCGAUUGUUCAUAAUUGUUACCAGGAAGCGACAGAUCUAAUAGCCAUGCUAUCCCAAAAGUCAGAAGCUAAAAGCGCCUGGCAAAAAGGGCGAACACCACCUCCGAUAGCACCAGCACUUGGCACAAAGUUUAGUGCUCCUGUGACCAGUGUUUCUUUAUCAAAGAAAAUUACAGAUAUUACUCCAGAAGAGGUGCAGGCUGAAUACUGCUAUACGGCAAAGAAAGCCCCACUUGCUAUGCUUAAUAAGCCAAUGAACGAGGUGCUAAAGAAAGCAGAGGAGGAGCGCAAACAAUUCCUCCCUCAACUGACUAAACCAGAUAAGCGCACAGCUGAAUGGUACAGCGAGGAUAAGCGUCGGCACGCCGAGGCCAAAAAGAAACUGGACGAUAAGAAGCAGGAGGAGGCCGCCCGGGAGGCUGCUGCAUCUAUUGAACGAAAGCAAGCCAUGGCACGCAAGAGAUAUGUCCAGGUUCCACCGCCAAGAGAGACAAAAGCGACUAUUUUGCGAGCUAACGCAAUUAUAGAAAAGGCGUUGGAUGUGGAGGCCCAAGAGCUUAAUAUGUAUAUGGCUGGCUUGCGGGAUAGUUCGGAGUUUGAUAUGUGGCGAGCAGCCAUGCUUGAGCUCGACAAACAGAAGCGCCUUGCCGAAAUAGAGCUUCAUAAGCGUGAUGCGAAGCUAGCUUUCGAAGAUGCAAAACAUGCGCGGGAAGUGGCGCUAAAGUUGAAAACAGCUAAGGUAAGUGAGGAAAAUAAAGAGCAUUUUCAGCAGCUCCUUGAGUACUUUGAAAGAGAUGAUAAACGACUCCAAGAGGCUCAGCGGCAUGCUAAGGAACAGCACGACAUGUUACAAUUAAAGGUGGAUGAAGCUAAAAAAGAUUUAGCGAGAGAGAAGCAGAGGCUCGCGGACGAGCGAAGACAAGAGCAUCUUCAAAACGUGGAGUAUAUGGCAGACUUAAAGCUUGCUGAGAGCAUCGAAAGGAUAGAGCUAGUGAAGCAAAUUAAGGCUAUGCUGGAAAUAGUUGGAGCAGAGCGCGAAAAGAAAUUACUUGAAAAGUAUGACUCCUCUACUACGGCAGGUCACGGCUUAUUAGAUGAAAUGUCUCUUACAGAGCUACGGCAGCGGCUCCUUCUCAUGAAAGAGGUUAAUCUUCAGAUUCUAGAGGAUCGUCGUAAAGCUAUUUUGGAAGCGAAAGAGAAUGAACAGGCUGAGCUGCAACGAAAAUGUGAGCAGGUAGCACGGGUAAGAGAAGCUAUUCGCGCCGAUAGAGAGCAAAUGAAGCUAACCGCAGAUGUACGUGUUGAUUUCUCCAUCUAUCAAAAGUAUAUAGAUGCCGUUCAGGAGUCUACCAAGGAAAUAAUUGAUAGCUAUGAGAAAGAGUUAGGUAAGCGUAUUAAGACACGUGAGGAGCAAAGUCGCGAGCAGAUAGAGCAAGGGGAGGUUGCACGAGCUGCCGCAAAUGCUUUACGGCAAAAACUAAACGCGCGGGCCAAAGAGAAAAGUACUGUCAAGAUAUUUACUGAGAAUAUCUUAACCAAUACCUACACAAAAACAACGGAUAUGUUCUACACAAAGGCAGCAUAUCCAGGGCCAGAGAAAGCGCAAAUAGCAAGCGAGGUCAAGCAAAAACGAUUGGAAAACAUACAGUUAACUAAACAUAGACAAGCGGAGGAACGAUCUGAAUGUAAGAGGAAGCAACAAGCUGACCUGGAGCAGCAAAAGAGAAUCACCGCAGAUGAAGCUGCGAAGACUGCAAAGCGGAAAGCGGAUCUGCACAGAACACAAAAAGAAUGGGAGCUUAUGAGGGAUCGAAAUGACGCUCUCAGAGAUCCAUACAGGGCAUCUGUUAAGGGGGCAGGACACACAGGCCGGGAUGCAGGAAUGUAUGAGGGAAUAUUUAUAUAA